AUGACACGGGAAGACGAGUGCCUUGAAGGUAUGGACAACAUAAUGGUACACUACCUGGCUGGCAGCAAGCAUGUAAAUCAGGAGGGAUUGCCGGCUCCACCCUAUGGCGAAGCUGUGAUCCUAGCAUUGGAUUGGAUUGUUGGUCGACCUGUAUCCGUCAUGCAGUUUGAUGGUUGGGACACCAUCAUGAAGUGUGCUGACCCUACCGACUGGGGGCUAAACGGCCUUGGCGGACUCUGGGCCUUCGAGCCCAGCUUAGACUGUCCCGAAGAAGAGCCCUUGGAGCCCUUGCCUGAUCCGUUGCCGCAGCUCCCGCCACUGACCUCCACGAUGCUGAUCGAAACCUGGGCGCGCAAGGCGGUUGACGAGGAUCGGCCUAAUGUUGAUGACAUGAAAGUGGUCUCACUUGGCUCCAGCGGCCUGGUGAAGGCUUCGCUGCUGGCAAUGGGGAUCGACAGCCCAGAGUUGCCGUUCGAUUGGCUUCAGAUUAGCGAUUCCGGCGUGCUGCAUUUCAUUCGUCAUGGCUGGGAGGCACCCACUCGUGAAGGGCUAGGAGCCGGUGGGCAGCGACCAUCCGAAAAACAUGGAUUCUUCGACUACAUGACCAGGAGAAGUGUUCCUGGAACCUCGCUGGUCAUGUGCCGCUCGUACGUCCAUUCCUUUUGGCAUGAUGAUCCCGCAAAGCCAGAGGUUCGCGAAAAAUUCACAAGACUUUUUUCGCAGUUCGACGAGCUGGCGAAAGAAGAACGCAGUCUCAAGCUUUUCGUGCGGUCUGUGGCGACCUCGAGCGAACUCGGACGGGCUCACGACCUGAUGGAGGCCGUGACCGCGAAAUUUGGCAAACAGGCUGCGCUGUUGUUGAUCUGCGACUUUCAGAGUAAAGUCCAGGGACCGCACAUGGUGGAUCCUUACGAGGAUCUUUUGGUCUACUUCUUGGAGGGAUCCGCCCACAAGGAGGCGAUUCCAUACAAGAAGCCAAUCCUUGCCGCAUUGGACUGGAUUGCCGGGAUGGAGCUUCAGGUGGACGUCGCUUCUGACUUCAAGGCUCUGGAAGCUUUGGCCGAGCCAACUUUGUGGGGACUGCGUGGCUUAGGCGGCUUCAACGCCUUCGAGAUGUUGCCACCUGACGACGACAGUGAGUGGCAACCUGGGCCUGAAGAGAAGUGGCUCGUCGAUGCCAAGAUUGAAGCGGACAAUGACAACAAUGCCGCGGAAAAGUGGCUUGCCAGCUUUUCAAUGCAUGGCUUGGACCCAUAUCCUUCGCCAGUGUUGAGGGAGAGACAGGCACUGUCUAAGCACAUGAUUUGCGCGGAUGUAGCCGCAGCAUGUUGGCUCCCGAUUGAUUGGUUCGUCGCAAUGCCAUGA